AUGAGUGAGCCCGCUGCGCCGGCUGGAACGCGUGCUGAACGGUAUUCGCUGUCUGAGGUCAUGAUCCCUGCCGCAUCCGACGACGAGGAUACGGAUCGCUGUGGUAUUAUUACUCCUCUGCGUGGUUUUCCACCAAGUUCCCCUCCCCCGCCAGGGCAAGACUCGCCAUCGCCUGCGCCACCGCUGGUGUCUAAUCUGGCAAUUCCAACGGGUCGUGGCAGAUACCUUGAUUUCACGCGCGGAAGCACCAAGAACAACCAACAGCGCUUGAAUACCAAUCGUACGGGCUACGACGGGCAUCUAGAUUCACUUAGCAGGGAUGACUCCUGCAGCCGACCAGGCUAG